GGUAUGAUACGAACUUUUCAUGAAUCCCACGUGAAGCCUUUCGUAAGAUAAUUUCUGCGGUCAUAUCUGCGCUGGUUUCUACGUUAGGUUGAUAAAUGAGGGCCACUAUGUGUAAUAUAUUUUUUGUUGCUCUCUUCCUCCAGGCAUACAGAGGCACCGUAAAACCUUUCGUCAACUUCAACGCCAAACACGAUGCUGAAAUCCUCCAUAAAGCCAUGAAAGGAUUGGGUACGAAUGAAGAUACGAUCAUCAUGCUUCUGACUGCACGCAGCAACGAUCAACGCCAGCAAAUUAAGGCAGCGUACAAAAAGGCCUACGGAAAGGACUUGGUCAGCGCUCUGAAAUCGGAGCUCGGUGGGCUGUUAGAGAGUCUGAUUGUGGCCUUGAUGACCCCGCCUGCUUUAUAUGAUGCUUCCCAACUGCACAAGGCUCUCAAGGGUGCCGGGACUGAUGACGAUGUGCUGAUUGAGAUCCUGGCCUCCAGGACUGCCGAAGAGAUUGAAGAUAUCAUCAAAGUGUACAAGAAAGAGUUCAGCGGAAAACUGGAGAAAGACAUCUGCGGUGACACCUCGGGGCACUAUCAGAAACUACUGGUGAUCCUCCUGCAGGGGAGCAGGGAGGAGGGAGUAGACGAGGAGAAGAUCGAGAAAGACGCUAAGGACUUGUUUGCUGCUGGUGAAGGGAAGUUUGGCACAGAUGAAGAGACAUUCGUCACAAUUCUUGGCAACAGAAGCGCAGAACAUCUCAGAGAAGUGUUUGAUGCCUACAAGAAGCUCUCUGGCUCUGAUAUAGAGGACAGCAUUGAAGGAGAGACCACUGGGCAUUUGGAGAACUUACUGGUAGCUAUUGUGAAAUGUGCCAGAAGUGUCCCAGGGUUUCUUGCUGAAUGCUUGUAUAAAUCUAUGAGGCGUGCUGGAACUGAUGAUGACACCCUGAUGAGGAUAAUGGUGUCGCGGAGUGAGGUGGACAUGUUGGACAUCAGAGCCAGCUUCAAAAAGACUUAUGGAGUGUCUCUUCACUCCACAAUCCAGGAGGACACAGCUGGAGACUACCAGAAGGCUUUACUCUACCUUUGUGGAGGAAAUGAUUAAUGCUGUUUUAUGAUGUGUUUAGCAGCUGAAUGAUGAGCUGCCACAGUACUGCGAGACUAAGCUACACAUGAGAUGAACUUAUUGAUCUGGUGUUGUUGAUUCUUUUUUACUUUAGCUUGAUUGAAUUAGUGUGAUUUAUCCACUUGUCAUUUUUGACUUAUGACAACAUCCUCUGCGUGAAGAGAGUGCAUUGACUUAAACAUUUAUUUAGAUUUUGUUUAAUAUUAGACAUAAUUUAAACAGAAAACAGCUCAAUAAUGAGUACAUGUGCAUGUUUUGAUUUUAAUAUAGAGAAGAAAGGUAGCUAUGUAUGAAAUAACUUCAUCUUUUAACACUUAAAUUCUUUUGUGCUGUGAUUUUUUUGUCAGA